CAUGAGCCGUACCAUUUCUUCUCUCUGUCACAGUUUCUUCUUUAUUUCUUCUCCUUUCCUUCACUUCUAUUGCAGUUUUCAGAGAAGCGAAACAGACCCUUUGUUCCUUUAAUCAGUAGCAUCAUAAAGAACCAAGCUUUUUGGCAUAUAGCUACGAGCUGCAAGGGCUACUCCAAGGUUCUAGAAUUUGUUGUGUUAUCCUUGUUUCUUGUGUGGCAUCACUGCUACUUUGUUUGUAAAAGCAAGGGCAAAGUUUAUCUGGCUUUGAUGGAAAUGGUUGGCAAGGAGGGUUUGAGAACUGGGGUGUUGAACUUGAGUUUUGGGAAGCUUAUGAUGGUUGGUGGUGGUGAAAAUAGUGGGAAAGGAGUGAACUUGAAAGCUGGGGUGAUCACUGAUUGGAAAGAUAUUCCAGUGGAGCUUUUGAUGCAAAUUUUGUCACUUGUUGAUGAUCAAACGGUGAUCAUAGCUUCUGAAGUUUGUCGUGGGUGGAGAGAGGCAAUUUGCUUUGGCCUUACCCGGUUGUCACUCUCAUGGUGUAGCAAGAACAUGAAUAACUUGGUCCUAUCUCUUACUCCUAAAUUUACAAAACUGCAAACUUUAAUCCUUCGUCAAGACAAACCCCAACUAGAGGACAAUGCUGUUGCGUCUAUUGCAAAUUUCUGUCAUGACCUGCAAAUCCUGGACCUCAGCAAAAGUUUCAAGCUCACAGAUCGUUCAUUGUAUGCCAUAGCCCUAGGUUGUUGGCAUCUUACAAAACUGAACAUUAGUGGUUGUUCAGCCUUUAGUGACAGUGCUCUGGCUUACCUAGCCAGUUUAUGCAGAGAGCUUAAAGUAUUGAAUCUAUGUGGAUGUGUUAAAGCUGCAUCCGACACUGCACUACAGGCAAUUGGACGUUACUGCAAUCAGUUACAGUCUUUGAACCUUGGAUGGUGUGAAAAUGUCAGUGAUGUUGGAGUAACGAGUUUAGCUUAUGGCUGCCCUGAUCUUCGAACACUUGACUUGUGUGGUUGUGUCCUUAUAACAGAUGACAGUGUAAUUGCCUUGGCAAACAGAUGUCCUCAUCUUAGGUCCCUUGGACUGUACUACUGCCAAAACAUAACAGACAGAGCAAUGUAUUCUUUGGCACAAAGCAAAGUGAAGAACAGAAUGUGGGGAUCUGUGAAAGGGGGAAAUGAUGAGGAUGGAUUAAGGACUUUGAACAUCAGCCAAUGCACAGCACUCACCCCUUCUGCUGUGCAGGCUGUGUGUGACUCAUCCCCUGCACUCCACACCUGUUCUGGAAGACACUCGCUCAUCAUGAGUGGUUGUCUCAGUCUGACAUCUGUGCACUGUCCAUGUGCUGUCCAAGCACACCGUGGUAUCAGCACCAUUCCUAAUACAGCACAUUGAGCCACACUGGUUCAUGCAGAAACACACUUUGGAGAAGUUCACUUGAAGGGUUCAGAGUUUUAGGUCUUCUGCAUUAGUUUAUAUUAAUGCUGCAUCAUUUCAUGUUUAUUGUAGAACUGGUUGAACUUGGUGCUUGAGCUGCUGUUCAUAUCUGGAUUUCAUGUGAAAAGCUUAGGAUAUUUUGGGUGUAAAAAUGGGGUUUGUUCCUAGCUUGGCUAUGAAUUAAUGGUGAGAUAGACUUACUAUUGCAUAUCCUUUUAUGCAAGGACGCUUGUUUUUUCUUCUUGAAGUUGAGAAAUAUGAGAUAAAUUGAGUUUUACUUGAUUCA